AUGUCCAACAGCAGCUCCAUCACCCAGUUCCUCCUGCUGGCAUUUGCUGACACUCGGGAACUGCAGCUCUUGCACUUCUGGCUCUUCCUGGGCAUCUACCUGGCUGCCCUCCUGGGCAACGGCCUCAUCAUCACCACCAUCGCCUGGGACCACCACCUCCACACCCCCAUGUACUUCUUCCUGCUCAACCUCUCCCUCCUUGAUUUUGGAUGCAUCUCCACUACCGUCCCCAAGUCCAUGGCCAAUUCCCUCUGGGACACCAGGGCCAUCUCCCACAUAGGAUGUGCUGCACAGCUCUGGUUCUUUGUCUUCUUCAUCACAGCAGAGUAUUGUCUUCUGACCAUCAUGUCCUAUGACCGAUAUGUAGCCAUCUGCAAGCCCCUGCACUAUGGGACUCUCCUGGGCAGCAGAGCUUGUGUCCACAUGGCAGCAGCUGCCUGGGCCACUGGCUUUCUCAGUGCUCUUUUAUAUCCAGCCAAUACAUUUUCACUGCCCCUCUGCCAGGGCAAUGCUGUGGGCCAGUUCUUCUGCGAAAUCCCCUCAGUCCUCAAGCUCUCCUGCUCACAUUCCUACCUCAGGAAAGUUGGGCUUUUUGUGGUUAGUGCCUGUUUAGCUUUUGGGUGUUUUGUUUUCAUUAUGGUGUCCUAUGUGGAGAUCUUCAGGGCCGUGCUGAGGAUCCCCUCUCAGCAGGGAAGGCACAAAGCCUUUUCCACCUGCCUCCCUCACCUGGCUGUGGUCUCCCUGUUUGUCAGCACUGGCAUGUUUGCCUACCUGAAGCCCCUCUCCAUCUCCUCCCCAUCCCUGGACCUGGAGGUGGCAGUUCUGUACUCGGUGAUUCCUCCAGCAGUGAACCCCCUCAUCUACAGCUUGAGGAACCAAGAGCUCAAAGAUGCCAUUAGAAAGCUGAUUCCUUGA